CUGAUGAGCUUCAACACGAUAUAUUUGACGCUGAUGUCGGUCAGAAUGGCUCCUCGUCUUCCUCUGAUCUUUCUGCUCAUGAUUCACGUGGUUUCUGCUGGUUGGGGUGUGAGUUACAGUCCUUCACACAUCUGUGCACUAAAGACCUCAUCAGUGAUAAUGAACUGCACUUAUACAUACCCUACUGGAUAUAAGAUUGAGAAAGUGUUCUGGACCAAAAACCCUGUAAAGGGUAAAGAGACUCCAGAUCUGUGUGAGGAUCCUGAAUACAGUCAGAGGCUUCAGUAUCUGGGAGACAAACAGCAGAACUGCACCAUCAGACUGAGUCAUGUGACACAGAAAGAUGAACACAUGUACUGUUUCAGAUUCAUCACUGAUAAACCUGAUGGAAAAUGGCUUGGUCAUCCAGGAGUGACUCUUACUGUCACAGAUCUUCAGGUGGAGGCUCCUGAGAGAGUGACAGAGGGUCAUAAUGUCAGUCUGACAUGUAAAAGCAGCUGCACUCUGACUGACAGAGCAACAUUCAUCUGGUACAGAAACUCACAGCCAUUAACUGAGAGAAGAGACAGAAACAAUCAACUCCUGCUGCAGUCAGUCAGAAGAGAGGAUGCAGGCAGAUACAGCUGUGCUCUACAUGGACACACUUACAUCUCUCCUGCUGCUCAGCUCAAUGUCACCUACCCACCAAAGAGCGUCUCAGUGUCCAUCAGUCCAUCUGUAAUAGUGGAGGGAGAUUCAGUGACUCUGAACUGCAGCAGUGAUUCAAACCCUCCUGCAGAAAUCAGCUGGUUUAAAGGAGGAAUGUUUGUAGGAUCUGGAAGAAUCUACAGCAUCUCAAAGAUCAGAUCUGAUCACAGUGAAGAAUACAAGUGCAAAUCCAUCAAUGAACAUGGAGAGAAAUACUCUGAUGCUGUGACUUUAAACGUCAUGUAUCCUCCCAGGAAUGUCUCAGUGUCUAUAACUGGAUCAGGUGUAAUAUUGGAGGGAGAUUCAGUGACUCUGAUCUGCAGCAGUGAUUCAAACCCUCCUGCUCUGAACUUCAGCUGGUUUAAGGAGAAUCAAAGCUCAGCUGUUGGAUCUGGACAGAGUUUCAGUGCACUACAGAGUGGACGCUUCUACUGUGAGGCUCACAAUCAACAUGGAUCUCAGAGAUCAGAAGCUGUUACUGUCACAGUUCAUCCUGGAGCUGAUAGGAAUAUGAUUGUGAUCGCAGCAACAUCUGGAGGAUUAUUCAUCAUCAUCUUCAUCAUCAUCAUCAUCAUCGUCCUGCUUAUAAUGUGA